GCGACAAGCCUCCGAGCAUUGUUGGAUGAAAAAGAAUCGAGUCAAAUGGAUAUCCCCUGCCUUGCUGCCCUGACAGAGAUGCGGUGACGGAUAUUGUCGGUUUUUUGUUCAUUUUUGUUUGACUCGGGCUUGCGCAGGAGACAUUGCGACGGAUGGCGCAUCCUCGUUUCACUCAACCUGGUACUGUUAACUUAACUAGCAGCUGAGGCUUGGCCGUCAUCGGAACUCAAGCUUGCUCUCCGGGUUGGCGUUUUCUCCAAAAGCACUUCAAGACUCAUCACAUUUAAAAAAAAAAAAAAAAAAAAAAAAAAAAAAAAAGUCAAAUAAAAACCUACACGCCAGGAAAUUACCCAUCAAUGUCAACCACGCUUGGAGCCUUUAUAGCCGGCGGCAUCGCUGCUUGCGGCGCCGUGACUGCCACACAUCCUUUCGAGACGGUCAAGAUUCGCAUGCAGCUGCAGGGCGAGCUCCGAGACAAGGGACACCAGCCUCACUUCUACCGCGGCCCCUUCCAUGGUGUCUCCGUCAUCGUCCGAAACGAAGGCCUGGGCGGCAUCUACCGCGGCAUCAGCUGCGCCUAUGUCUACCAGAUCCUGCUCAACGGCUGCCGCCUGGGCUUCUACGAGCCAAUGCGCCAGACCCUGACGGGCCUCUUCUAUAAUGAUAAGAACCAGCAGAACUUGGGCAUAAAUAUUUUCUGUGGUGCCUCCUCAGGUAUCAUCGGCGCCGCUGCUGGAAGCCCCUUCUUCUUGGUCAAGACAAGAUUGCAGAGUUACUCGCCGUUUCUGCCGGUGGGGACACAGCACGAGUACAAAAACGCCUUGGAUGGUAUGCGACAAAUAUACGGCGCAGAAGGAGCCAAGGGCAUGUACCGAGGAGUGGGGGCUGCCAUGAUCAGGACCGGUUUUGGCAGUUCUGUGCAGCUCCCGACAUACUUUUUUGCCAAGAGGCGCCUUGUCAAGCAUUUGGGCAUGGAGGAAGGGCCGGCGCUUCAUCUCGCAAGCAGCACGGUUAGCGGUUUCGUUGUCUGCUGUGUCAUGCACCCGCCAGACACCAUCAUGUCUCGCAUGUACAACCAGAGUGGAAACCUUUACAGCGGCGUGCUUGACUGCUUUGCAAAGACUGUCAAGACCGAGGGUGUCUUUGCCAUCUACAAGGGAUUUCUGCCACAUCUCGCCCGUAUUCUCCCACAUACAAUACUCACACUGAGCUUGGCCGAACAAACAAACAAGCUGAUGAGGAGGUUAGAAGACCACAUAUUGCCUACCGAGGCUUUGUAACCCCGGUAUCAUGGUAUAUAACGAUGUAAUUGGAAGUCGCAUCAUGGAUAGAACGGAUGGAGGCGGCGCCGAUGAAUAUUUGGCCUUAGACAAGCGCAUUUGUGCGCUGUGCAUUAAAUCGUGUAAUUUUCGAGUGUUGUCGAGCGGUGGUUGAGCUCGGGUUAGACGGAUCAUAAGCUGCAGCUGUGGAUAGGAAUAUACCCAAAAGCCUUUUUUUUUCUCAUUUGGUAUAUUUGAUAUCUCGACUACCCAUUGACAGAUCUCUGGCAACCGUG